AAUUAGUAGCAAAUAGUCUGCGCCUGUUGUUCAAGCGAAACGUUGGUGAAAAAAACGCUAAAUAUUAUACAAUUUUUUUAAAUAAAGUAAAACGUCGUUUACACUCAUUUUUGAAAUGGAGAAAUUAAUAACGGGCCGUCCACAGCGUAAUCGGCGACAUAGCAGACGCGCCUGGCCUCCAGAGGAUGACCUUCAUCAGCCACGUCUUAUAAAGCGACUUUUCACACCCGAGAUCAAGCGCAUGCUGAAGGAUUGGCUUGUGCGUCGCCGCGAAAAUCCCUAUCCAAGUCGUGAUGAAAAGAAACGCUUGGCCUGCGAAACUGGUCUCACGUACACACAAAUUUGCAAUUGGUUCGCCAAUUGGCGUCGCAAGUUGAAAAACUCAGAAGGAGAGCGUAGCAAAAGAUCUUGGGGCCAUCUCAUUAAGCAUUACAAUACAAAUGCACGUGGAAAUGUGGAACAAUUUAGUAUAUCUUCGGAGGAUAGCAUUUGGGAAGAGGAUGAGUUGGAACGGAAUGAGAAUGAAUUAAAACGGAGUUUUGACGAUGAAUAUGAGUCGCGUGAAGAUGGCAUUUCUAGUGGCACUGAGGGCACAGUGAGCUCAUCAGGCGGCUGUUGUUAUGACAGUCUUGACAAGAGCAUAUCGAAAAGUAGCUGCUUUUUGAAAAAUCAAAAAUGUGAUAAUCGCAUCGUAAUAACACCUGCUUACGUAAUUGCAAAUGAGCCACCAGCUGGCACUAUUCCUCAAAAUGACCCAUUGGCGUCACAGCAACAGACAAGUGAGGCCAAAGAAAUACUGGCAAAACCAAGCUCAACCGUCAACACCGCAAAGUACAAACAGAAAAUGAUGGAAAAAUAUCUGCGUGAUAUGCAUAACGCGCAACCACCUGCAAUUACACAACAAUCCACCCCCCAAAGUGUCUGUGAUGAGCUGAGUAUUAGCACAAAGCCGAUUGUAAAGGGAUCCGCCGACGACGGUAGUAAUGGCGUGCGCAGCGGUGAUAAUAACGCAUUGACGAAAUGGCUGGAAAGUGCGGCACGUUUUACGCCCGAUAAGAAUAACUACUUCAUCGAAUGGAAUGGCAGAACUGGAAAAUUGGAGCGCAAACAGCGCACGAAACAAUUACGGCGCGUCACCAUCAUACCAGCCAACUCGCGGAUCUUGCAGCGCCGUUCUACUAGUUCCUGCCCCUCACAAUUGGAAUUGGACGCGGCUGAGGCAUUGGCCAAUAUGGCAUUUAAUUGCCGGCAGCGAAUGUUGGACUGUAAUACUGCCGGUGCGAGCCUACAGACUGUCAAUGCAAUUAGUUCUUAGCAGUUGGUGCACACUGGCACACACACAUUCAUACAUGUCCAUAUGUAUGUAGGUACAUACGAACAUUUACAGCACAAAAGCAAGCAUUCCAGUGCAAAUUUUGGGUGCAAAAGACUAUGCGAAUUUAGGGAAUUUUACUUUCAUCAUUUAAGUGGAGCCAAGACUAGACGGAGUUUAAAAGACAGAGAAAUGUGUGAAAUG